CUCAGGUGUUCUGAUGAACUGUCAUGGAGGCUUUUAGCCGCCACCGCUACUGACGGUUAUUUUACUGUCUUAGUGCUGAUUUUAUUCACUCGAUCGUCCUGUCAUCUCCUCUUGUAUAAAGGUUGACAGUCAGUGGAAUCAUGGAGUCCAUGCUCAAUAAACUAAAGAGCACCGUCACUAAGGUGACAGCUGACAUGACCAGCGCCGUCAUGGGUAACCCCGUCACACGGGAGUUUGAGGUGGGCCGACAUAUUGCCAGUGGGGGUCCUGGAAUGAGCUGGAGGAUCUACAAUGGCACUAAAAAGUCCACUAAACAGGAAGUGGCAGUCUUUGUGUUCGAUAAGAAGAUCAUUGAUCGCUAUCAGAAGUUUGAAAAGGAUCAGAUUGUUGAUUCACUAAAGAAAGGAGUCCAGCAGCUGACCCGGUUGAGGCAUCCGCGCCUCCUCACGGUUCAGCAUCCGCUAGAGGAGUCCAGAGACUGUAUAGCGUUCUGCACAGAGCCUGUGUUCGCCAGUCUUGCUAAUGUGCUCGGCCAGUGGGACAACCUCCCCAGUCCUGUUCCCACAGACAUCAAAGAAUACAAGCUCUAUGAUGUGGAGACCAAAUACGGCUUACUGCAGAUCUCAGAGGGGUUGUCAUUUCUUCACAGUGGGGUGAAAAUGGUUCAUGGUAACCUGUGUGCUGAAAACGUCAUCUUGAAUAAAAGUGGAGCUUGGAAGAUCAUGGGCUUUGACUUCAGUAUUUCCUCUAGUAACCCCUCUGAUGCAGAGCCCAAGUAUGGCUGUAAAGAGUGGGACCCCAAUCUACCGGCCCUCUGCCUACCUAACCCAGAGUAUGUAGCCCCAGAAUACAUUCUGUCCGUCAGCUGUGAUGCGGUCUCUGAUAUGUACUCGCUGGGCGUGUUGAUCCACGCUGUGUUUAAUGAAGGCAAACCCGUCUUUAAAGUCAACAAGCAGGACAUAUAUAAGAGCUUUAGUCGACAACUCGACCAGUUGAGUCAUCUGAGCCCUGGAAUGUUAAAUCAGAUCCCAGAAGAGGUCAGAGAACAUGUGAAGAUGUUGCUCAGUGUCACACCUAAUGUGCGUCCAGAUGCAGACCAGAUGACAAAGAUUCCCUUCUUUGAUGAUGUCGGAGCGAUGACACUGCAGUACUUCGACUCGCUUUUCCAGCGGGACAACUUGCAGAAAUCUCAGUUCUACAAAGGCCUCCCCAAAGUUUUGCCCAAGCUCCCUAAGCGAGUGGUCAUCUAUCGUAUUCUCCCGGCUCUCAUGUCUGAGUUUGUGAAUCCAGAUAUGGUUCCAUUUGUACUCCCAAACGUAUUACUCAUUGCUGAGGAGUGCACUAAAGAGGAAUACGUCCGUCUUGUUCUCCCAGACCUCACCCCGGUGUUCAAACAGCAGGAGCCUGUACAGAUCCUGUUGAUAUUCCUACAAAAGAUGGACCUACUCUUGACCAAAACGCCUCCUGAGGACAUCAAGAACAGUGUUCUGCCUAUGGUGUACAGAGCAGUAGAGGCACCAUCUACACAAAUACAGGAACUCUGUCUAAAUAUCAUUCCCACGUUUGCCAACCUGAUCGAGUAUCCCUCUAUGAAGAACGCACUUAUCCCUCGUAUCAAAUCUACCUGUUUACAGACAUCCUCACUAGCGGUGAGGGUGAACUCUUUGGUGUGCCUAGGCAAGAUUCUGGAAUAUCUUGACAAAUGGUACGUCAUUGAUGAAAUUCUACCAUUCCUGCAACAAAUUCCAUCCAGGGAACCAGCUGUGCUCAUGGGAAUUCUGGGCAUCUACAAGUGCACUUUCACUCAUAAGAAACUAGGCAUCCCAAAGGAGCACCUGGCUGCGAAGAGUUUACCUCAUUUGGUGUCAAUCAGUAUUGAUAACAACCUUAACCUGAACCAGUUCAAUUCUUUCAUGUCUGUGAUCAAGGAAAUGUUAUGUCGGAUGGAGGCGGAGCAUAAGACCAAACUAGAGCAGUUGCAUGUCAUGCAGGAGCAGCACAGGAGUUUAAACAUUAACCAGAUGAACCAAUCAGAGGAGACGAAGAGCACCCCCAGUCCAGCCACUCAAGUCAGAGAUAUUGAUGAAAUCUUCGGUGGUAGUUCAGGAAGUGCAGGUGUGAACGGCAAAGAGAACGGUUCCUCGUCAGCUGCUUCUCAACCCUCAAGAGUGUCUCUUACCCUGGAGGAAAAGCAACGUUUGGCUAAAGAACAGGAACAGGCGGCCAAACUGAGAAGCCAGCAGCCAUUGGCUCCACAGAGUGUGAAACCAGCAACAACAACACCACAGGCAAAGGAUCUAACCAGUAGUCUUCUGAACAGCAUGACAUCUCUAAACAACUUCUCGCUGAACUCUGGGCCCAGAGGCACCAUCUCCUCUGCCUUCCCAUCUGGACCCAGCAUGGGUGGAAUGGGCGCCAUGGGCCCCGUCAGCAACGGCUUCAACUCGCCCAUGGGCUUCCAGACAGGCGGCAUGGGAAUAGGCAUGAGACCCACCAAUCCCGCUCUUUACGGGGGCAUGGUAGCCCCCACCAGCACUCCAAGCUUCAGUGCCCUCACCCAGAACCAAAACCAGCCAGGCAAACCCACAAACAUGUCCGCCUUAGACUCCCUCUUCACACAAAACAAACCCAAAGUAAGCAUGAACCAAAUGGCCCCCAAACCGUCCCCAGGAACCACUGCACCUAGCCCAUGGCUCAACCAGUUCGGUACGGGCCAACCUUCCCAGACUGCGCCUGCACAAGUGGCCCCAAUGGGAAUGCAAGGUGGAUUUGGGGCGCAGGCCAAUCCUUUUUUCAACCCACAGAACUUCUCGCAGCCUGUGGCUGCUCCCGCAAUGAUGAAACAAAGUGCUCCAGUCAACAACGAUCUCAAAGACCUCUUUGGAUAGACCUUGUGACUCGUGUUGCCUUUUAACGGGCAAUUCAAUGCGAAACAACAUCAUCAGCGAAGUUGACAGUCAACACUUGGUGGGAAGGUGGAGCGUUGUAUACUUCUUGAAAGACGUUGUUUAAAAUAGUUUUCUGGAAUACGUCUUUUUUAACUCUUGUCAUGGCGCGAACCUUUUGCAAACAGUCUUCGUAUCUCAAAAGAGCUGGAUAAACCAUCACGUUUCUUAAAGGGUAUAGUUCACCCAAAAUGAAUUCUGUCAUCAUUUACUCACCCUCAGGUUGUUCCAAAUCUCUACAAAGUUCUUUGUUGUGCUGAACAAGAUAUUUGGAAGAAUGUAAGUAACCAAACAGAUCUCAUCCCCAUUUACUGCGACGGAAGGGAAAAUAAAUACAAUGGGAGUCAAUGGCGGAUGAGAUCUGUUUGGUUACUGACAAUUUUACAAAUAUCUUCCUUUAUGUUUAGCAGAACACAGACAUGUUUACGGGUUUAGAACAAUCUGAGGGCGUGUAAAUGAUGACAGAAUUUUCAUUUUUAGGUAAACUAUCCCUAUAAGAAUUGAGACGUUUGGGCUCUUCUUUCGAUAGUUGCUUUAGUCAGUGGUAAAUUUGUAUUAAAUGAUCGGUCAUCUUAACCUUUGGAAAGAAAAAUAUAUCAAAGCUUAAAAGAGAACUCUAUUAUUGGAUGGUAACAUCAAACUCAAGCACUUUUGGUUUCAUUUCUUUUUUGCUUGAGUGUCACGUUUACCCCUGACCAGAAUGAACCAACUUCCAAGCUGUUCUUUGCUAAAAGUCUCUGUUUUUUUCUCAACUCUGAGCUAAAUGUGACAGAUCUGUAAUGUAUUCUUUGUGUAUAUACCGUAACUGGUGAUUAUUAUUUGAGUUUCAUACUGAUAUAUUUUGAUAUACUGAGGAGAAGUUUCAAAAUGAGGACACUGUCAUAUUGUAGUUGCACUAAAUGUAAUCGAGCUGUAGGGUUUGUUGUGUUGGGAUGUCGUCAGUUCUUUCAGAGUUUGUGCUUCAUCAGCCAGUAAUGGCGGCUAUAGAACAGACUCCAUGAGCUUCAUUUAUGAAAGAUGAGCGGAACAAAUUUGUAAAACCAUUCCUGGAUGAAGCAAUGAUUGUAUAUAAUUUUUCUUAAAGCAAAAGCUGUUUUCAUGACUUUUAUGAUGUUUUUGUAAUUACAAUGAAGUAUACCACUUCAGUUUCUCAUUGGCAUAUUGUGAAAAUGGAAGUCAUAAUGUCUGCAUACAAUACAAUGAUACUGGCAAGUGAACCUGUUGAACUGUUGCAAGUAUCAUUUUUGCAUUACAGUAAAAAUAAUUCUUAAACCGCAAAAUUAUUAUUAUAUUCCUGCAGAAUACUAAAGAUAUUUUGAAGAUCGUUGGUUACCAAACAACAUUGGCCCCUAUUGACUUCAAAUAUAUGGACACAAUGCCACCGUGAGAUCUCUUAAUAUAUCUUCUUUUGUGUUCUAGAAGAAAGAGUCAUAUACAGGUUUUGAACGUCAUGUGUAGCGUUGAAGUGAAAUAUGCAGAAGUAUGCAAAAGUACAAAUGGCUUUACAAGUACACAAAGUGUCUCUGCUCCUUUAUCAUAAAAAAGCUUUUGAUGUGUCUGUCUGCUUUCUACUGUAACUUCCUUUCCAGUGUUUGUUAUAUAUUCUGUAAUGUUGUGUUUUUUAGAAAGUUACUGAUCAAACAGUGGCGCCACAUUCGGUUUCUUGUUUUGUAUGUUAGCGUUUGAACCUCUGAAGAGUUUUCUGUUGAGGAGAUCAAUCUGGUGACCAAUCGAAUAUAUUCCAUAUCAUGACCAAAUGGAUAGCUGCGACACGGCAGGUCUCCAAAAUGUGGAUUUCUACAAACCACAUGAAUGAGGUGUACAGUAUAUGGAGGUGAACUGCCACUUACCGUUUUUUAAAACAGUUGUAAGCGAAUCAUUUUCAUGGAGAGGAUGUUUAAUAUCCAGAUAGGUUUUAUUUAAAGGGAACACUUUUCCUGGUCUUAUGAAUAAGAGGCCUUAUGUUGAGAGUUGUGCAAUAACAGGUCUAUGAUGGAGAUUGUAAAAAAUUACUAACUGUAUGAGUGUUGCACUACAUGCAGUUAUUGUAGAUACCAAUUAUAAUGUGGGAUUGUUUUAAUUUUAAAAAAUGUGAACUAGAUUGUUGGUAAGAUGGUGAUUUUUGCAAUCAAAUAAAUUGAUUAUUUCAAGGGUAACACUUGCCUUCACACGUUACUUCUUUAUGUAAAACAGUUGAGUUGUUGCGUGUCAUAUGACGGUUCACAAACCUUUUGUUGUAAGGCCCCCUUUGUGUAGACUGCAUCAGUUCUGCAGCCCCCAAAAUAAGACUUUGAAUUUCAAUUAAACCCACAUAUUCAGUUAUACAAUGCUGAAACAUCAAUUCUUUUGGUUGGGGGAAUUAUAUUAUAAAAAUUAUGAUACAUAUCUGUAUUUCAUAAAAUGCCACAAAAUCCGUUGCCCUCUGGAUCCAUCUUGGGGCUCUCCAGGGGGCCACAGGUCCCAUUUUAAAAACAUUGGUUUACAGAAGCAGUUCAAAUUUGUGUCCAAUUAUUUUACUUAUACAAUAUAUCCACUGCCACCACCAUUAAGUACAUGUGACAGUCUUUCAAAAUGAUUCUAUUUAUUUAUAAC